AUGCCCGAGUUCACUAAAAAUCUGAUCCGUGAUUUGGCGGGAAUUCUCGAACAUUCUUAUGAAUAUAAUAUUGUGAUCUGUGUUGGCGAAACUGCAAAUUAUAAAGAGUUUCAAGCACAUUCUCUAAUAUUGCGUGCGCGUUCUCCAUAUUUUCGAGUGGCAUUAUCUCAAGACUGGGCUAAAAAAGACGGCAAUUCUUUUGUGUUUAAGAAACCGAAUAUAACGCCAAAAGUUUUUGAAUUGAUUCUCAAAUACAUGUACACAGGUGUCGUAGACUUGGAUGAUCAACUUGGUUCGGAUGUAUUUGAACUAUUAGUCGCCGCAGAUGAACUAGAAAUAAAUGAAUUGAUAAAUUAUGCACAAAUACAUCUAAUAGAGAGUAAAUCAUCUUGGCUCGAAGAAAACAUUGUGACUAUUUUACAUGCUGCUAAUUUACAUGAAAGCUUCAAGCCGUUGAAGGAUUAUUCGGGAAGGAUUCUCGCUGAAGACCCGCACUUCAUUUUCCGAUCUGAUGAUUUUUUCUUGUUGGAGGAAUCGGAGCUUAUCUCGUUGCUUCAAAGACAGGAUUUGGGAAUGGAAGAAAUCGAAGUAUGGAAUUCAAUUAUCGAAUGGGGUAUAUCUAAUACAGCUCACCUAAAGGAACAAGAUAAUUGGGUGUCUGCAGAUUUCGUUGCUCUUGCAAAUACGCUACAUCAAUGUUUACCGUUAAUUAGAUAUUAUGAUAUUUCUCAAGAAGAUUACUAUAACAAAGUGGCAUUAUACGAAAAAAUAUUGCCAAAGAAUAUGGCUGCAGAAAUUUCAGUUUUUCAUAAUGAUAAGCAAUUACCUGAACACGUUUUACCCUCACGGUCAGCAAUUCAUUCAACUAUCAUCAAUUCCGAUCAAGCAGGUCUAAUUUCGUUAUGGAUCGAUAAACAAGAAACCUCGGGAGAUGUAAAACGAAAAAAUCCUUAUGACUUUAAUUUAAUCUUUCGAGGUAGCCGUGACGGAUUUGAAGCGAGUAAAUUCAGAGAACUUUGUGCGCAUGUAACCAAUACAGUGGUCGUAGCCAAGAUUAAUGGAACAAACAGAGUAAUUGGUGGGUAUAAUCCGAGCAAUUGGGGAGGUCACAUUGCAGACAAUAGCAGCAAUCUUACUUCAUACCUUUAUCCUAAUAACGAGCAACAUAUCUUCAAUUCGGACACUAUCAUUUUCUCGUUUGAAAAACCUCGUGAUAUCACAUCAGCGAAAUUUUCUCGUCGCGUUGAUAGCGAUCAAACAAUCGGAUUUCAUACUACCUACGGGCCAUAUUUUUACGGUGAUUUAUUGAUUGGAAAUAAGUGUAAUGCUAAUGCGACGUGUUGGUACAGACAUUGCAAUUUUGAACAUAGUAUCAUUGAAGGGAAUAAUCGAAAGAAACAAAAUUUUAAAGUUGAAAAUUAUGAAGUUUUUCAUGUUGUUCCAAAGCGAAAACGUUUAUCAAAUUAA